GGGAAAUGCAAGGUUGCCAUAUUGUUGCUUUGGAUGUUCUUUGGCUUGUGUAAUACCAUUCUAGUAUCGAAAGUUGAAGCAACAUCAUCAUCUUUAGAAAGAGAAAUUGAAGCCAAAUUGAAACUUCUAAACAAGCCUGCAGUGAAAUCCAUCAAGAGUGAAGAUGGUGACAUUAUUGAUUGUGUCGAUAUUUACAAACAACCCGCUUUUGACCAUCCUGCCUUAAAAAAUCACACUAUUAAGAGGAUACCUGCUUUUCUUCUUGGAUCCCAAAGUUCAAGCACAAAAGUUACUUCAAAUGCAAGCUCUAAUGUGUUUCAAACAUGGACGAAAAGCGGAAGUUGUCCAAAAGGAACCGUACCUAUUCGUAGAAUUCAAAAGGAUGACUUGUUGAGAGCUGUUUCACUUGAUCGAUUUGGACAAAAACCCCCGGAACCUUAUGUGAAUUCAACAAAUACCACAAACCUUAAUUUCUCCAACCUCAGUGCUACCGAUGAUGUAUCGUCUAUAACGAUAAAUCGCUCGGAUGCACAUCUUGCGACAUUUGGAUACAAUUUUAUAGGCGCCCUAGGAAAUAUUAAUAUAUGGAAUCCAAAGGUUGAACGACCAGAAGAUUUCACUACUGCUCAAAUAUGGCUUAAGGCUGCCAAUGGUCUUGAAAUUGAAACCAUCGAAGCAGGUUGGGCGGUUAAUCCGAAGUUGUAUGGUGACCACAACUCCCGAUUGUUUACCGCUUGGACUAAAGAUUCAUACCAGUCAACAGGUUGCUUUGAUCUUACCUGUAGUGGUUUUGUGCAAAUAGCCACAGAGUUUGCACUUGGUUCUACAGUGGAACCUUAUUCAGCCAGGUUUAACCAACAAUAUGGUAGACCACUCAUAAUUUCAUACCACCCAUACACCCCCAUAUAUUUGAGAGGAGAGAGAUGGAUGAAAAGGAAGAGAGACAAAGUGUUUGUGGGGUCUAGGCCACAUGUCACAUGUUUGUGUGGAGGUUUAAGUGUGUAUGCCACCAAUAGGUGUGCAUGUAUCACUACUCAUAAUUGUUAG